AGAUGAGGUUUGCGUCUGGCUCGGCAUGCGCUGCAGCAGCUCUGCCGCGCCCCGGGUCCCCACCGUCCACGCCCCCCGACCCUAAAGGCCGACUGGCCACGGGCCCGCCAUGGCCACGCUACCCAGCUCAGAGCGCCGCGCGUUCGUGCUCAAGAUCAACAGGUAUUCUUCAGCGGACAUAAGGAAACAGUUUACUCUCCCACCAAACCUUGGCCAGUACCAUCGACAAAGCAUAAGUACCUCUGGCUUCCCCUCUCUUCAACUACCUCAGUUUUAUGAACCAGUGGAGCCGGUGGACUUUGAAGGACUUCUGAUGACACACCUCAACAGUCUGGAUGUGGAGCUUGCCCAGGAGCUGGGAGACUUCACGGAAGACAACUUGGAGGUGGUAUUCACGCCAAAAGAAUGUCGGACUUCGCAGCCAUCUCUGCCAGAGGAAGGAGUUGAACUGGACCCUCAUGUCAGGGACUGUGUUCAGGCCUAUACUCGUGACUGGCUGAUUGUGAACCAGAAACACCAAGGAAGUUCAGAGAUUUGCGGUUUUAAAAAGACUGGAUGCCGAAAAGAUUUUCACAAGACGCUUCAGAAACAGACGUUUGAGUCGGAAACCUUGGAGUGCAGUGAACCCAGAGCUCAGGCAGGCCCCCACCACUUAAGCGUGCUGUGUGAUGUGUCUGGAAAAGGCCCCCUCACUGCUUGUGACUUCGAUCUCCGCAGCCUGCAGCCUGACCAGCGGCUGGAAAACCUCCUGCAAAGUGUGAGUGCUGAGGACUUUGAGAAGAAGAACGAGGAGGCCCGGAGGACCAACCGGCAGGCUGAGCUCUUUGCCCUUUACCCAGCUGUGGAUGAGGAGGAUGCUGUGGAAAUACGUCCAGUGCCAGAAUGUCCUAAGGAACAUCUGGGCAACAGGCUAUUGGUCAAGUUGCUGACCCUGAAGUUUGAGAUUGAAAUUGAGCCUCUGUUUGCCAGCAUUGCCCUCUACGAUGUUAAAGAAAGGAAAAAGAUCUCAGAAAAUUUUCACUGUGACCUGAACUCUGACCAGUUCAAAGGAUUUCUGCGGUUCCACACCCCCUCUGUUGCCCCUUCAAGUCAGGCAAGGUCUGCGGUAUUCUCAGUCACCUAUCCAUCCUCAGACAUCUACUUAGUAGUCAAGAUUGAAAAAGUUCUUCAGCAGGGAGAGAUUGGGGACUGUGCAGAACCCUACAUGGUUAUCAAAGAAAGUGACGGUGGAAAGAGUAAAGAAAAGAUUGAAAAACUAAAACAUCAAGCUGAAAUCUUCUGCCAACGUUUGGGGAAAUACCGGAUGCCCUUUGCUUGGGCCCCCAUAAGCAUAGCGAACUUCUUCAAUAUGUCCACCCUGGACAGGGAGGUAACCGAUGCGGAGUCCAUGGUUGGAAGAGGCUCUGUGGGUGAGCGGAGAACCUUGUCCCAAUCUAGAAGGCUUUCUGAAAGAGCCCUCUCCUUGGAGGAAAAUGGGGCUGGAUCCAACUUCAAGACCACCACCAUGACCAUUAACAGCUUUUACAAGCAGGAGGGUGAUCGCCUAAGUGAUGAAGACUUAUUCAAGUUUUUAGCUGACUACAAGAGAUCUUCAUCCUUACAGAGAAGAGUCAAGUCAAUUCCAGGUUUGCUCAGGCUGGAGAUUUCUCUAGCUCCAGAAGUAAUCAAUUGUUGUCUGACUCCUGAACUACUGCCCGUGAAACCCUCCCCUGAAAACCGAACACGUCCACACAAAGAGAUUUUGGAAUUUCCAAUUCGGGAGGUAUACGUCCCUCACACUGUGUACAGAAACCUUCUCUAUGUCUACCCACAGAGGCUGAACUUUGCUAACAAACUAGCGUCUGCUCGGAACAUUACAAUAAAGAUCCAGUUUAUGUGUGGAGAGGAUCCUAGCAACGCUAUGCCGGUUAUCUUUGGAAAGUCCAGUGGGCCCGAAUUUCUGCAGGAAGUGUACACAGCCGUCACAUACCAUAAUAAGUCUCCUGACUUCUAUGAAGAAGUGAAAAUUAAGCUCCCAGCCAAGCUCACAGUAAAUCACCACCUCCUGUUCACCUUCUAUCAUAUUAGUUGUCAGCAGAAGCAAGGAGCCUCCGUAGAAACUCUCCUGGGAUACUCAUGGCUGCCAAUUCUCUUAAAUGAACGUCUUCAAACAGGAUCCUACUGUCUCCCAGUUGCCCUGGAAAGGCUGCCACCCAACUACUCCAUGCAUUCUGCAGAGAAAGUCCCUAUACAGAAUCCUCCCAUUAAGUGGGCUGAAGGACAUAAGGGAGUAUUUAAUAUUGAAGUGCAAGCUGUUUCUUCUGUUCACACCCAGGACAACCACCUGGAGAAGUUCUUCACUCUCUGCCACUCCUUGGAGAGCCAGGUGACCUUCCCCAUCCGCGUGCUGGACCAGAAGAUCACUGAGACAGCGCUGGAACAUGAGCUGAAGCUCAGCCUCAUCUGCCUCAACUCCUCCCGCCUGGAGCCCCUCGUGCUCUUCCUGCACCUGGUGCUGGACAAGCUCUUCCAGCUGUCCGUGCAGCCCAUGGUCAUUGCCGGCCAGACGGCCAACUUCUCCCAGUUUGCCUUCGAGUCCGUGGUGGCCAUUGCCAACAGCCUGCACAAUAGCAAGGACCUGAGCAAAGACCAGCACGGGAGGAACUGCCUGCUGGCCUCCUACGUGCACUACGUCUUCCGCCUGCCGGAGCUGCAGAGGGACUUGCCCAAGUCCGGCGGCCCCACUGCGCUCCCUGACCCUCGCUACCACACAUAUGGACGCACGUCUGCUGCUGCUGUGAGUUCGAAGCUGCUGCAGGCCCGGGUGAUGAGCAGCAGUAAUCCAGACCUUGCGGGGACACACUCUCCAGCAGACGAGGAAGUUAAGAACAUUAUGUCUUCAAAGGUGGCUGAUCGCAGCUGCAACCGGAUGUCUUACUAUGGCUCUGGCAAUAAUGAUGUUCCGAGUGCAAGCGGGACCCCAAGGGCAGCCAGCAAAAAGCAUUUCCAUGAGGAGCUUGCCCUGCAGAUGGUGGUCAGCACUGGAAUGGUGAGAGAAACAGUCUUCAAGUACGCCUGGUUCUUCUUCGAGCUUCUGGUGAAAAGCAUGGCCCAGUAUGUACACAACACGGACAAACAGGACAAUUUUCGGAGGACUCGUUUUUCCGACCGUUUCAAAGAUGACAUAACUACCAUUGUUAAUGUGGUCACCUCGGAGAUUGCGGCUCUUGUAGUAAAGCCUCAGAAGGAAAACGAUCAGGCAGAAAAGAUGAACAUCAGCCUGGCUUUCUUUUUGUAUGACCUUCUCUCACUCAUGGAUCGUGGCUUUGUGUUUAACCUCAUCAAACAUUACUGCAACCAGCUGUCAGCCAAGCUAAACAGCCUUCCAGUACUCAUCUCCAUGAGGCUGGAGUUCCUGAGAAUCCUCUGCAGCCAUGAGCAUUACCUCAACCUGAACCUCUUCUUUAUGAACGCUGACACUGCGCCAGCAUCUCCCUGCCCCUCCAUAUCCUCCCAGAACUCGAGCUCCUGCUCCAGUUUCCAAGACCAGAAGAUUGCCAGCAUGUUCGAUCUGACAUCUGAGUACCGCCAGCAGCACUUCCUCACUGGGCUUCUCUUCACUGAACUGGCUGCUUCCCUGGAUGCUGAAAUGGAAGGGAUCGGCAAAGUGCAAAGAAAAGCUGUCAGUGCCAUUCACAGCCUGCUAAGUUCUCACGACCUGGACCCACGUUGUGUCAAACCGGAUGUGAAGGUCAAAAUUGCUGCUCUUUACCUGCCUUUGGUCGGCAUCAUUUUGGAAGCCUUGCCACAGCUCUAUGACUUUACAGCUGCAGAUGCCCGUGGUGGGAAAAAUCGCCCCAAUAGUUCGAAUGAAGAAGAAGAAGGGAUCAGUGCAAUUAACCAGAAUGUGGCACUGGCCAUCGCUGGGAAUCAUUUUAAUUUGAAGACAAAUGGAGCAAUGCUGUCUUCCUUGCCCUACAAGCAUUGCAACAUGCUAAAUGCCGACACGACCCGAAACCUCAUGAUUUGCUUCCUCUGGAUCAUGAAAAAUGCAGACCAGAGCCUCAUUAGGAAGUGGAUCGCUGACCUGCCCUCGAUGCAGCUCAACAGGAUUUUAGAUCUCCUUUUCAUCUGUGUCUCGUGCUUUGAGUACAAGGGAAAGCCAAGUUCUGACAAAGUCAGCACCCAAGUCCUGCAGAAGUCGAGGGAUGUCAAGGCCAGGCUGGAAGAGGCUUUGCUCCGUGGCGAAGGGGCCAGAGGGGAGAUGAUGAGGCGCCGGGUCCCAGGGAAUGACCGAUUCUCAUGCCUAAGUGAAAACUUGAGAUGGAAGAAGGAGCAGACACAUUGGCGGCAAGCUAAUGAGAAGCUAGAUAAGACAAAGGCGGAGUUAGAUCAAGAAGCCUUGAUCAGUGGCAAUCUAGCUACAGAAGCAAAUUUAAUCAUACUGGACAUGCAGGAAAACAUUAUCCAGGCAACCUCAGCUUUGGACUGUAAAGACAGCCUGCUUGGAGGUGUUCUCAGGGUCCUGGUGAAUUCUCUGAGCUGUGAUCAGAGCACCACCUACCUGACUCACUGCUUUGCAACACUCCGUGCUCUCAUUGCCAAGUUCGGCGACUUGCUGUUUGAGGAGGAGGUGGAGCAGUGUGCGGACCUGUGUCAGCGUGUGCUGCACCACUGCAGCAGCAGCAUGGACGUCACCCGGAGCCAAGCCUGUGCCACCCUCUACCUCCUCAUGAGAUUCAGCUUUGGAGCCACCAGUAACUUUGCAAGAGUGAAGAUGCAAGUAACCAUGUCUCUGGCAUCUCUGGUGGGGAAAGCACCAGACUUUAAUGAGGAGCACCUGAGAAAAUCCUUGAGGACGAUUUUGGCCUAUGCAGAAGAGGACAAGGCCAUGCAGAGGACACUUUUCCCCAGCCAGGUAGAAGAGCUGCUCUGCAAUCUGAAUAGCAUCUUAUAUGACACGGUGAAAAUGAGGGAGUUUCAGGAAGACCCUGAGAUGCUUAUGGACCUCAUGUACAGAAUUGCCAAGAGUUACCAGACAUCUCCGGAUCUGAGGCUGACCUGGCUCCAGAACAUGGCAGAGAAACACACCAAGAAGAAGUGCUACACGGAGGCUGCCAUGUGCCUGGUGCACGCAGCUGCCUUAGUGGCUGAAUACCUGAGCAUGCUGGAGGAUCAUAGCUACCUGCCCGUGGGCAGUGUCAGCUUCCAGAAUAUUUCUUCCAAUGUGCUGGAGGAAUCUGCCGUCUCUGAAGACACCCUGUCGCCUGACGAGGAUGGCGUGUGCUCCGGCAGGUACUUCACCGAGAGCGGCCUGGUGGGCCUCCUGGAGCAGGCAGCUGAGCUGUUCAGCACGGGUGGAUUGUAUGAGACAGUUAAUGAGGUCUACAAGCUGGUCAUCCCCAUCCUAGAAGCACAUCGAGACUUUCGGAAGCUGACCUCCACUCACGACAAGCUGCAGAAGGCCUUUGACAGCAUCAUUAGCAAGGGUCAUAAGAGAAUGUUUGGAACCUACUUCCGAGUUGGUUUCUAUGGAUCCAAAUUUGGGGAUUUGGAUGAACAAGAAUUUGUUUACAAAGAGCCUGCAAUUACCAAGCUACCUGAGAUCUCUCAUAGACUAGAGGGAUUUUAUAGUCAAUGUUUUGGUGCAGAAUUUGUGGAAGUAAUAAAAGACUCUGCUCCUGUGGACAAAACCAAGUUGGAUCCUAACAAGGCUUACAUACAGAUCACUUUUGUGGAGCCUUACUUUGAUGAGUAUGAGAUGAAAGACAGGGUAACCUACUUUGAGAAGAAUUUCAAUCUGCGGAGGUUCAUGUACACCACCCCCUUUACCCUGGAGGGGCGGCCUCGUGGAGAGCUGCAUGAGCAGUACCGGCGGAACACCGUCCUGACCACCAUGCACGCCUUUCCCUACAUCAAGACCCGCAUCUCCGUCAUCCAGAAGGAGGAGUUUGUUUUGACACCAAUCGAAGUUGCCAUUGAAGAUAUGAAGAAGAAGACCCUGCAGUUAGCGGUUGCCAUUCACCAAGAGCCCCCUGAUGCCAAGAUGCUUCAGAUGGUGCUGCAGGGCUCUGUCGGAGCGACUGUGAAUCAGGGACCACUGGAAGUUGCCCAAGUGUUUUUGGCCGAAAUUCCAGCUGAUCCAAAAUUCUAUCGACAUCACAACAAGUUGAGAUUAUGCUUUAAGGAAUUCAUAAUGCGGUGCGGUGAGGCCGUAGAGAAAAACAGGCGCCUCAUCACGGCAGACCAGAGGGAGUAUCAACAGGAACUCAAAAAGAACUACGAGAAGCUGAAAGAGAACCUCAGGCCCAUGAUCAAGCGGAAAAUUCCAGAACUCUACAAACCAAUAUUCAGAGUUGAGAGUCAAAAGAGAGACUCCUUCCACCGAUCUAGUCUGAGGAAAUGUGAAACCCAGCUGUCACAGGGCAGCUAAGAAGAGCUGCCUUCACCCAAGAGACUGAGGUUCUGUGACCCCAGAGAAGGUCUCGCCGGUACUUAAAACAUAGGACAUUUGCUAUGCAGGACAGACGACAUGCUCCCUGACCAGAGAGCGCUCUGGAAACUUUGGGAUCCAAAUGAGCACAAUGGGAUCUGAUCAUAUUUUGUCCCUUUGAGGAGCAUAGGGUAACAGAGGGUGGUUCAUCAGGGUACCUGUGUAUUUAUUAAAGCAUGGUUUUUCACAAUGUUGUAUAAAAGUGAGGCAUAAACAGCAUCUCCUGCUGGGUGGUCAGUAACUGUCCACCUGAAAGGUGACUUCCUUUGGCCCGUGUUAGGCUUUGCAGGAUCAACCCAGAUUGCCCAGGGAAAAUGAGAAGCGCGUCCGCCAGCCUACUCAGAGCAAACGCCACUCAUCCCCUCUCUGUGGGAAAGGAGGGAGGGGUGCAAGAGCGCAAAGCGUGUUCAUUGACUCUUGGCCUGGGGGUGGGGAUGUCUUAGAAAUCUAAAAAUCACAAUGUUUGGAAAUCUGGUCAUAGAUUAAUUACUUGUGACUUUGUUUUCCUUUCAGUAACAGUGGACUAAUUGUUGUAUAGUUAUUUUUGCUUUAUUGUUACUGUUAAGUUAAUUUAACAUGUGUUUAUAGAGGAAUAUACUCGAAGCACUGAUUGAGGAGAUACAUGGUACUCAGCGGUCAGCCAAAAGUUGUGGAUGCCGCUUUCACUUAAAUUGAAACAAUUUUCCUAUAAUGCUUUGCAUUUUUUCUUAUGCUCAAGCUUGCUCACUCUUUUUCUCCUCCUCUCUGGGACCAAGUUUAUUUUUAUAAAAGGAUUAUAUCUCUUCUUUCAUAAAAGAAUCUGUGCUGUCCAUCCGCAUGUAUAUAUCACAGAAUCCAGUCAGCUUUGACUUAUUUUGACAGUGUAUUUUAGGAGAAAGAUGAACUAAAUCGUUACUUGAGUUUAAAUUAUAUAUUUGUAAUAUGACUGAUUAUCCUGACUGGUACUAAAAAUGUAAUAAGAAUUUUAAAGAAAGUGUUUCCCAUUGCAACUUGUGUUUUUUAUAUUGACAAGUCUUAAAGUUUUAGAAGGCGCUUCAGAGAAAAGACGCGUGCACGGCCAUGGCCUCUGUCCAGCGGUGCUAC